CGCUCCCUCGCUGCAGCUUUUUGUUUUUUUAGGCAUCACCUCCCCACUAACUACCCCGCAUCUCUCUUUCUCAAUCUCUCAAUCUCGCCAGAGAAACAGAGAUGCUUCUGCAAGCAGUUCCGGCGGCCACGAUUCUGCUGGCAAUGUUACUCUCAGCCCAAUUGGCGGCGAAUGCGGCGGCGGUACUGCCGCAAGGCAGCACUUCGCAGGUGGAGGAUGCGGAGCUAUUCCGACUGUACUAUGGGCAGAGAUUUAAGGUCAUCAAGAACUCUGUUGACGGACAGAGCUAUCUCCUCAUGCAGAAUAAUUCGACGAUGGCGUUGAGGACGAAAUACUGCACUGGACGAAUCAAAUCCUUUGUUGUUCCGCUCUUUAAUUACUCCGUCGACACAAUUUCCUUUCCUGUGUCCUUCUUUGAGACAGUUGAUGUGUUAAUUGAUCAAACAUAUGCACCAGAGCCAGCAGAGUACAGUCUUUCAACUUUUCUAGAUAACUGCAAUAUGGGUGACGACGCAAACUUUGACUUCUUGACAAAUCAAAGAGUAUGGAGAUUUGACAAAAGAGUUCAUUCUUGUGCACUAGACUGGUAUGAUGGAGCAAUAUCUCAGCCCCAGCUGGUAUUAGCAGAUCUUAUUGCAAUAUUCUUUCCCACUGGAAAUUACACUCUGACAUACUUCAGGAACAUUGCUAAGAAUGAAGGUGUGAUAUCGGUAGCACCUGAGAGUUGCAACAGAAGCACCUCUACACCGUUGGAUCCCAUCAUAGUUCAGUGUUGAUGAAGAUGCAUUAAUACCUUAAUCGAGACUUAUUAUUAUUAUUAUUAUUUUCAAUCCAGAUCAGUGCAAUCCAAGAUUCAAUUCUGCUCUCAUCACUUCUUCCAUUUGAAUGAAUUGCAUUCUGUAUUUGCAACUCUAUUGAGAAGAAUAAAAGGCAAAUCUUCAUAGAUUGGUAGA